AUGCAACGAUCAAUUGGAAGAUCCUUGAUCACCAGUGAGGGCAUCAACCCCAAUAGUGACCUCAUUCCUCCACUUUCCAUCAAAUCCCUUGACCCCAUUCCUCCAUCAGCCACUGAGUCCCGUGACCCCAUUCCUCCACUUUUCAUCGAGACUAGUGACCCUAUUCCUCUACCUACCACUGAAUCCUGUAACCCCAUUCCUCCACCUUCUAUUGAGUCCCAUGAUCUCAUUCCUUCACCUUCCACCGAGUCUCAUGACCUCAUUCCCCCACCUUCCAUCAAGUUCCAAGACCCCAUUCAUCAACCGUCCAUCGAGUCUCAUGACCUCAUUCCUCCACCUUCCAUUGAGACCAGUGAGCCCAUUCCUCCACUUUCCACUGAGUUAUAUGACUUCAUUCUUUCACCUUCCACCGAGUCCCAUGUCCCCAUCCCUCUACCCUGCACCGAGCCCAUCCUCCUCAUUGUUACAGUAUCCUCCACUCCCCCUCAUCCCCAAUUAUCUACCAGUCUUCUUGCUAUGUUGCUUCCCGAUGUACUAACCUUUCCUCUAUUGACCCUACUACAUCCUGAGUUGUUUCCACCACAGGCAUUGAAGAAGUUUGGGAUUAAGGGCGAGCCCAAAGUGAAGGGCGAGCCUAGGGUGAAGGACGAACCUAUGGCCAAUUCAGACUCUGAGGUGAAGGGCGAGCCCGUGGACGGUGAGGGAGAAUAG